UGGUGCUUCCUGCGCUUUUUCCACUACUGGAUAAAGGAAUAUUUCUGAGUAAUUAGCACGCUCUUUUAAAGGAUGACAUUUUGGCUGUUUGUUCUUCUGUAAGACGCCUUGAUUCCSACACGGAGGACGCGUUUUACGCACGACCGUUCUGGAUUACCUCGCUCCCUAUUAUUGAAUUUGUCAUUAUGAAGUGUUCAGAGAAAUAAAACUCGAGGCGGUGACCACUCCGUACACGCCCUCGGCUCCGUUCGCGCCCAGWUCCAGAUGAGAGAUCUCCCCGGUGGAGCUGAAGCGCUUUUACGCAGCCAGUUCACGGWGCGCAGCGGCGAUCCUCAGCGACGAGGAGCAGAGGGAGCGUCCRAUCCCACACCCACGUCUUCUCCGUCUCCCUCCGACCCGUGGCGUCAAGCUAAGAGGCUUCCYAUCCGGAUCGUAAAGAUGUUGACGGCUCACGGCGGCCACUUGCUACACCCGGAGUAUCUCCAGCCCCUUACAUCUGCGCCUGUCAGCAUUGAACUCGAUGCCAAGAAAAGUCCUUUGGCUCUGCUGGCCCAGACUUGCUCCCAAAUUGGCAAACCUGACCCCCCMUCCUCCUCCAAGCUGGCCUCCCUCUCCUCCAGCAGUCUAGGAGAUAAGGAGUCCUCCAGCCGCUCAUCCAAGUCUGGAGAGCAACACCAGUCCCUGGAUGACAAAUCCAGCUUCAAGCCCUACUCCAAGUCAUCCGGUGACUGCCGYAAGGACGUUCUUGUGACAAAGAGCUCAUCAGAUAAAGCAGCGUUUAGAGUGCCAAAUGGAAGCUCCAGUGGAGGAAAUGCGUCGUGUCCAUCUUUUUCCUCUAAUUCUCGGUCGCCAACCUCCAGCUCUCCUCCCCUGCACACACCGAGUCAGUCCCACAGACAAAGUCAUUCCCCAUCCACACAAACCCCGUCACAUUCCCAGGCCCCACACAUGGACAGCAAGACUGGGAAUUCAGARCAAGUCAGCUCAGACAGCAGCAGCAGUUCUGGCAAAAAAGACUCUGAUGUUGUGAGGUCAGGGGGGGACGGGGCUCAGUUAGCCAACUCCAGCCAGGUCCGGGCCAGCGCUAACUCCAGCAAUGCCAGCUCCGCCAGCAGCCCACGGCCAGAGAGCAAGACUGACCCUCAGGCUUCUUCACAGUCCAGUCUGAGCUCGGGACACAUCGCACCGGUGUCACCUUUUAAACCAGGACAUUCUGUCUUCCCACUGCCCCCUGCCACCAUGGGCUACCAUGGCUCCAUCGUCGGGGCCUAUGCUGGCUAUCCUUCACAGUUUGUUCCCGGCUUGGAUCCUACCAAGUCUGGUUUGGGCUUAGGACUUCCUGGAAAACAUCCCAGCUCCAGCCCGCUAACUGGAGCCUCCCCUCCAUCUCUGAUGCAGGGUUUAUGUCGGGACCCUUACUGUCUGAGUUACCCCAACGCACCCCACCUAGGAGGCAGUAACUGCUCCACRUGUGUUCAUGACCCCUCGAGUCUUAAGACUGGUUUCCCUCUGGUUUACCCCUCACACCACCUCCACUCUUUACAUUCUGGCGCUUUGUCAUCAAGCACCACUCCCUCCCUUUCCCACCCGCUUUACACGUACGGCUUCAUGGUCCCGAAUGAGCCUCUGCCUCACGCCUGUAACUGGGUCUCUGUCAGCGGUCCCUGCGACAAGCGAUUCGCCACAUCAGAGGAGCUGCUAGCCCACUUGCGUACCCACACAUCCCUGCCUGGAAUGGUGGACAGUAAGCUGUUGUCAGCCUAUCCUUCAUCGGUGUCGUCCACAGCCUCGUGCCAUCUUCAUCUGCCGCCACCCAGCAGCCCAGGCGCCCUGCCCAGCUCAUUUUCCCUCAGAGGCUCUCCUGGGUUGGGCCUGGCCCGUUACCACCCAUACAGCAAAUCCCAUCUGCCCGGAGCACCAGGACUUGCAAUGACAGCCCUUCCAUCCUCCUCAGCCUAUUACUCCCCAUAUGCCCUCUACAGUCAGAGACUGGGCUCAGCCUCAGCCCUGGGAUAUCAGUGACAAAAUGCCGUGGAGACACCGACAAACCGCAGGCAUCAGAUUGGACUCUUAAGAACAGCCCUGAAGAUAGAUUCAGGAAACUGAAGUCAUUACCGGUGCAGGACAUCGUGCCUGCUGGCCCGCCUGCCAGGAAUACCACCUGUUAGCCUCAGGAUUGUGACUGGUACUCUAGUAACAAAAUUCCUGCAACAAAAAAACAAAACAAACAGACUUUAACGAUUAAAGAUGGCAGGAAGCUGAAAAGUGAAAACAGUCUUGAUUUUUUUUUUCUUAUAUGUACUUUUUGUUUGUUUUUACAAGUUCUCUCCAAGAAAUGAAAGACUAUUUAUUUUUCACUCGAGCGGUAGGUAUUCAACCUUGGGGAUUUUUUUUAAUUAAUCAACUAAACUAUCUUAAGCAUUUUAAAUAAGAAAGAUUGGUUUAAAUAUACCAACGUUAUGCCUACCAUAUCAUCCAAAAAUAAAAAGGUUGAACCAUGAUGUAGAUGAAUUAUGAGGCUUUAUUCUGGGGAUCUCUUUUUUUAAUCUCCUUUCCGCUCUGCUGUUUUAUUUUUAUUUUUUGUUUGUGUUUUUUUUUGACUCAGACUCUGGAGAAAUGCAUGCCCUUGGGAAUUAUCUUGAACACUGCUAUUAUUUCUAUUUGUAAAUAUGCAAAGAUGUAAUAUUUUUUCAAGCUUACAAGGUAUCAGCAAGUUUGGGUGACCUACACAAAUGGUGCACAAGAUUAAAAAAAAGAUGAAUAAAAACUGAUGGCUGUGCUAUCCGACCAACAUGAAAAGGUCUUAUUUUGUUAAAUAAAUGAUACAUGACUGCAA